AUGGCGGCUGUAGCGGUAGCGACGAGACGACAGCCAGAUAUUUCAUAUACGCCGAACUUCGAGAAGUAUCAGGCACGAGUUAAACGUCGACUCGAGACCGAGUCGCUUGCGGCAAAGGGGCUCCCUGCUGGCUUCCCACGACAGGUGACAUCGGAUUUGGUAUGGGAAGGAGAUUCCGUUGGAAAUCACUAUGAUUGGAAUUUCGUACUCAGCCCCGAGCAUGUCCUUGAAUUGGAACAGGCUCUUGCACACUUCAAAUCAUUGAACAGACCUCUCGGCUACGUUGACCAGGAGAGUUUCCCCUUGCCAACACUGCAUUCUGCUCUCCGCGACAUCUCAAGGGAGCUGCAUCUGGGACAUGGAUUCAAGGUCGUCAGGGGUGUUCCGGUUGCUCAACACUCGCGGCAAGACAAUAUCAUUCUUUAUGCGGGGAUUUCCUCUCACAUUGCUCCGUUGCGCGCACGGCAAGAUAGCUCAUUUGAUGGGAAGUCGGCGGAUGUAGUCCUUGCUCAUAUUAAGGACCUGAGCACGACCAAAGACGCAGCUGAUAUCGGAGCACCCGCAUACACGACGGACAAGCAGGUGUUUCACACCGACACGGGCGACAUUGUCUCGCUUUUUGCCCUGAGCACCGCGGCUGAAGGGGGCAAAAGUAGACUGGCAAGCACUUGGCGCGUUUACAACGAGUUGGCGGCUACCAGACCAGACCUCAUCGAAACGUUAUCAGAAGAUUGGUUCGCUGAAAACUUUGGCAACGCUGAACAGCCAUAUACUGCAAGGCCGCUGCUGUUUUAUCAGCCCGGCACAUCCGAGUCGCCCCAGCGCUUGAUCCUGCAAUAUGCCCGCCGGGUCUUCACCGGAUUUGGAGCUCUACCACGGUCAGCCACCGUUCCACCCAUUACAGAAGCACAGGCCGAGGCACUGGACGCCGUGCACUUCCUCGGCCAGCGUUUCAACGUUGAGCUGGAUUUUCGUCAAGGUGACAUCCAAUAUGUGAACAAUCUGGCAGUCUUCCACGCUCGGGAUGGCUUCAAGGACACGCCAGAGCAACAACGACAUCUGGUGCGACUCUGGCUCCGCGACCCAGAGUAUGCUUGGGAGACACCGAGUGCUUUGAAACCCAAAUGGGAGCAGUUGUACAAGGGAGUGAUCGCCGAUAGGCAGGUCUUCCCAUUAGAACCAUACGUGCGAAGUGCUAGUAAUGGUUCAUCCAAAGCGAAUCAAUAG